AUGGCGUUGUCAUCUAUAUCAGUUGAUUUUCAUCGAGAUAAUUCUCCUUCUCUUUCACCACUAUCUCCAACUGUUAUUCAUUAUCAUCAAAAGUAUAAAACAAGAAAAUUUUUUCAACAUAAUCAUCGAGAAUUUGAACGACAUUCUCGUAUUCAAAAACAACAAAGUCGAAAUAUAUCACUUCGACAAUAUUAUCAUAAAUCAAAAAUAAAUAAAAUUACUAAACGACGACAAUCAUCUUAUUUAUGGGAAGAACAUAAAAGUUCAAAUGGACGAAUUUAUUAUUAUAAUACUAUUACAGAUCAAUCACAAUGGGAAAAACCUUCACGAGAACAAUUAUCAUCAUCAUCAUCAAUUCGAAAAAAAUCUAUUAAUAAAUAUCAUAUUCAUUCAAAACGAGUAAGAAAAUUUAAUUAA